CUGUUCGCGUUCCGUAGAAGCAGAGGCACUUUGGCGGGUAAUGUAAAACAUAUACAAAGUAAAACAUGGCGGAAACCGUUGAAACCCAAGACAAGCAAAUGCGCAGCAAUGUUGAUAUAACUAGAGGAGAUAACGUACAGGAUCAGAUUAACAAUGCAACAGAUGUUUCGUCUCAGUCGUCGGGUCGUGAAAAACACUCAAAUUUGUCUGGCGAAUCCGAACCCAGGGGGAACAGGUUACUGCUGUUCAACACAGUAAUUGAGAAGAGUUUACUGAAGUUUAUGUCCGACGCCCGCUUUCAUAGAGCUUCCCAAAUUUUUCAUCCCUUGUAUAAGAAGAACCCACAGGAGACAGAGAAAAUACACAAGCAGUUCAUAGAACACCUACAGAGGAGUAUCCAGGACGACAUCACCAAACUGAUCGAAGAGGGAGACCUUCAGUGCAAAUUGGAUAAGCUGGAUCAGUUAGAAGCUGCCAGUAACAGCCAGGACGCUGCUUGGCGUCCAAGCGGGGUUCCUGAGCAGGAUCUGUGUAGUUUUGUGAUGUCGUACUACAUGAAGCAGGAGGCGUACCUGAAAAGGGAGCUAAGGAAAAUUCGAGAAGAAAAUACUGCGCUGGCUGAGAGGGUGCAGGCGGGUAGAGAGGGAAUCCGUCGGACAGAACAGCACAUCGCCACGACUGUGGACGAGUGGAAGGUUUCUGCACAGGCAUCUUUCAACGAGUUCCAGAUUCUCUCUUCCUCCCUCUGCCCUCCUGCAACAUUUGACGUUUGAGCAAUAGCCUUAGCCAGAAAUAUGUAAACUGUCGGCCUUGUGCUCUGUUUUUGUGUUUAAAUAAAUAAAACAACAGUAUUUCUUUCAU